CCUCUACUCCACUUCCCAGGCAAGCGGAAAAGCCAAAGAGUUAGCCGUGCGCACAUUACCCAUCCGGCGCCAUUUAGCAGAACCUAUGGCAUUUUAAUAAACUGAAGCCCUAAACUCUCUCCUCUCGUGAACUUCGCUUCUUUUCUCUCUUUCUCACUUAUUGGCUUUCUCUGUGGAAGAAGAAACAGAAUGACUGUUGCAGUGGAAUUGUUAGCUAUUCGAAACCCUAACUAUUUGCGGUUAAAGAGGGCUUCUUUAUCUUCUACUAAGGCCUUGGGUGGUCCUUCACCUUUGGUUAAAUCGAGGGGUUACAAAGUCUCGAUUGAGGCUCCUGCAGUUUUUACUUAUAAAGGUCUUCGGAUUGGCUUUCCUUCUCUGGAGCGAAGGAAUUCGUGGAGCCGACCGAUUGUUGCAUUUGCUGCCUCCCACGAAGAAUCGAAGCAUUCAGAAAUUGAAGUGGAGAAGGAAAACAAUGGUGUUGAAUUGGGGGCUGAAGAAUCACAAGAAGCUUGGAAAGAGACUCUGGCUUCUUUCAAAGAACAAGCCUUGAAGGUGCAAAGUGUCUCGCAAGAAGCAUACGAGGUAUACUCCAAGAAAGCAAUGGUCAUUUUGAAAGAAACAUCGGAGCAGUUAAAAAUUCAAGCAGACAAGGCUAAAAGUGAUCUGGCUGUGUUAGCAAAGGAGGUGAGUGAGGACGGUAAAGAAUUUCUCUCAGUAGCUGCUGAGAAUUCUCCUGAACCAGUGAAGGAGGUUGUGGAAACGUUGGCUUCCGCAACUGAUGAUCUGGCUGAUGAUUUUUCUCAAAUUCGUGACUUCCAUGUUGGAAUACCUUAUGGUUUCUUUCUUUCCGUUGGUGGCUUCCUUUCCUUUAUGUUGACGGGCAGCAUUUCUGCUGUUAGGUUUGGUAUCAUUCUUGGUGGUGCUCUUUUGGCUUUAAGUGUAUUGAGUUUAAAAUCAUACAAAAAAGAAGUGCAACCACCUACUUCAAUCUUGAAAGGAGAGGCAGGAAUAACGGCUAUAAUCUUUCUUAGGGAGUUACUGUUGCUGUCUCGGAAAGCUUCUUUUUUGACCUUAUUCUCAACCGUCAUCAGUGGUGCAGUGGUUGCAUUCUUUCUAUAUAGAAUAAUAGUGAAUGGUAAGCUGAACAAAGGAUCAGACAUGGGACAAGGGGCUGAAAAUUGAUGCAUUUGUUCCAGCGCAGUCGAAUUGACAUCUCUGUUCUCCCUCCAGAUGAAAGGCUAGAAGAUUAUGGUAGCUUUGAAGAACAGUGUGAGAAUAUAGAGUGGUUUUGGAGCAUUAGAAUAUGGAAAGGUUGUUUGUGUAUUGGGACGUGGAAAAAGAGUUAGAAUAAUGUGAUGGAUAUUUCCAGAAAUGUGGGCCUAAAAUUGAUGAUGUUUUUGCAUUUAUAUACUGUAGGUGUUCAUUUCUUCGAAGGUUGCUUAAUCCAGUUUUUGGCUGUUAAUUACUAGGAAGUAAAUGCAGAAACUCCUUGCUCCACAAGGCCAAUAGUUUUCUAAUAAUUAUUAUUGUUAUUUUCAUUACUGUUGUAAUAGUUGUUACUAAACCGGAUUAAAUUUCGGUUUCAAAGUUGCCAACACAAUAAAGUAUUAAAUCUGAUUUAGAAUUUGCUAUAAUAAUGGUGGAUUUUUCAUUUUUA